UCCACCAGACGGCGCUUCUAAUGCGAUUCGACGACACAGUCACGAUCGUCAACGCCUACAACUACAACGCAUACCCGCACACCGCCUCAGACCCGACCAGAAUUUACCGCGUUCAGUCUUACCCUUACUACGGGUGGAUGACACGAAGGAGCGUGGCGGAGACGAUGGUCAAAGACUGGGCGCCCAUGGAUCUGGACGCAGACUGGGACCUAUACAUCAGGAAGUACCACGUGAACAUGUGCCACCAGGUCGUCAUCCCAGAGAUCCCCCGAACCAAGCACGAAGGAGGCGGCGGAGUCCACGUCUCGGGGAACGAGCAGGAGUCGUCCUUCCAGCAGCGGCCACUCAACACCCAGCGGGACGUCCAGCUGAAUAUGAUACGGUUGUGGGAGAUCGCCUACGGGAUCGACAUGCGGACGAGGAUCGAUCACGCCCAAGUGGUGAACAUUACCGAGCACCCUUGUGACAAAAAGCCCAUUCCGAAACACAAGAAUGAUACCUACGUCAUCUACGUAAAUCUUACCGGUGAAGACGACUACGAGAGAUCUUAUCAUGUUCUUGGCAAGUGUAUGGGCUUCUACUACCCUUAUCUCUACGAAAACUACCACGGCACUUUUUCCAUGAAGUUCUUCGAGACGCCUUUCAUCAUCGUGUCCUGCCCGUCGUCAGCCUAUUGCUGGAACGUGGACCCGAGUGUGAUCUACCACCCGACCAAGGAGGACCUCGACUACGCCACGAAACACGCUUGGAGGCAUUCGUAUGCCUUGGGCGAGCUCUCCGUGCGCGUCCCUGCCCUCACGCCCGAGGAGGAGUUCGCCCUUGACAAUGUCCUCUUUAGUUACGUUCCAGUUCAGGAAUUAGUUUUUUAAGUCUUCGAGAUGGUCUUGCGUGUUUUGCUUUAUAUUUAUCAUUUUAAUUAUCUUUAGUUCAUUGUAAACUUUUUUUGUCCGUUCCAGUUAAGGAGUGAUUUUUUAUAUGUAGUCUUCGAGGCGGUCUUACGUAUUCUGGUUUAUAUUUAUUAUUUUACUUAUCUUUUGUUUAUUCAUUAAAUAUUUUGUAUCUAGUUUUAUUUUUCAGUAAUAGUCUUUCGGAAUUACGAUUUGGCUUUUACUAUAGUCUUUAAGAGAUGUAUUUUGGACUUGAGUAUAAAAUUGCGAAAGCAUUUUUGAACUCGACAUCUAUCUGUAUUACUGAUUGUAAUAAUUAGUCACAUGUAGUCAUUCCAACCAUGUAGGUACGUAAGUUUCGGUCGAUAUAUAUGAAGUAAAAGU